UUUUUUACCAUUGCUGCGUUCGACAAUAUGUACCAGUCGUUCUCGCGCCUUCGAGACGGUAAUAUGGCCAAGAUCGUUAACAUUCCCUGGUCGAACGUGAAUUGCGAGGGAGACAUAGUUAAUACGUUGAUAUGGAACCGAUGGCUAUUGCGGGUUCUCGGGAUCUGGCCGCUAGUAUAUCCAAACACGACGAAGAUCGAGAAGAUCAUCGCGAUGUUCUCAUUCGUUCUGUGCUGGAUUGUUCUCAGCCUAUUUCUCGUACUCACGAGCAUCUACACCUUCUCAGAGCGAAGUAUCAUGCGCGAGAAGAUGAAAAUGCUGGGUCCGCUAGGCUACGUGUUUUUCUCCAUGCUGAAAUACUUCUUCUUGGUGGCGCGUCACAAGAGCAUCCGGCAAUGCGUGCAAGUACUCAGUGCAGACUGGCGCAGAGUCGAAGAGGACGAUCACCGGGAGAUCAUGAUGAGGGGCGCGGAGAAAGGCCAUUUGCUGUCCAAGUUUUGCAUAGCGUUCAUGUACUGCGGGGGUCUAUCUUACAACACGAUAAUGCCAUUUCUGUCGCAAACAUCCGAGCAGAACGUCACUGUACGACCGAUGGCUUAUCUCGGCUUCGAUAUCCUCUUCAAUUUGCAAUUAAUGCCGGUUUACGUGUUUGCCUUCUGCCUGCAAUGCGUUACCGGUAUCGUCAUGUUCAACAUUACCACGGUGGUUUGUUGUUUAGCAGCUAUGUUCGUGGCUCACGCGUGCGGCCAGGUUGACAUCGUGCUAGCGCGGGUGAAAAGCCUCGUCAAGGGAGAGAAACGCAACCGCGUACAGUUUGAACAAUGUAUGGCCAUUAUUGUGCAACAUCACGUGCGGGUGUUGAGAUUUUCAGCCAACAUCGAGGAUACUUUGCGCGAGAUAUGUCUGGUCGAGUUUGUAGGAACGACAUUGAUAAUGUGUUUAAUAGAGUAUUCCUUGAUUACGGAAUGGAACAAUAGUGACAGCAUAGCAAUUCUUACGUACUUUUUCUUAUUUGUUUCAUUCGCUUUCAACAUCUUCAUGUUCUGUCACAUUGGUGAGCUGCUAACAGAGCAGUGCAUCAAAGUCGGGUAUACUUCGUACAAGAUCGAGUGGUAUGAAUUGCCGGGCAAAGCUGCUCUUGAUCUUAUGUUCAUGAUCACAAUGUCUCGUCAUCCGGUACAAAUUACUGCUGGGAAAUUAAUAAGUCUUUCUUUCACUAAUUUUGGCAAUGUUCUAAAAACCUCGGUUGCAUACAUGAAUUUAAUUCGAACUGCUCUUUGACACAUACAAAAGCAUUGGCAAAGUGUCAAAUAUACAAUUAUUCAGAUCACAGCCCUCGCCUCUGGUAAAAAAGCAAUUUACGAUAAAUAAACAUCAUUAAGAUAAAAUGUAUGCAUAUUGAAUACAUCAUUUAAUGCACAAACGAUCUAUUGUCUAUUAAAAAUUGAUAAUCUUAUAAAAAAUCAAAUAUGAAGUAAUUAUUAAAAAGGAUAAAAAUA